UAAAGCAAAAGAAAGAUGGCAUAUUUAUUUGUCAAAGUAAAUAUGUUAGAGAUUUAUUGAAAAAGUACAAUAUGGAUCAAUGUAAAGAAGUUAAUACGCCUAUGAGUACAACACUAAGUUUGGACCAAGAUAUAAAUGGUAAGAGUGUUGAUCAAAAGACUUAUAGAGGUAUGAUUGGUUCUUUAUUGUAUUUAACUGCUAGUCGUCCUGAUAUCAUGUUUAGUGUUUGCUUAUGUGCUCGUUUUCAAGCUAACCCAAAAGAAUCUCACUUAACAGCAGUUAAGAGAAUCUUUAGAUAUUUAUAUGGGACUAAAGACUUUGGUCUAUGGUACCCUAGCUGUGGAAAUUUUAGUUUGAUUGGUUUUUCAGAUGCUGAUUAUGCUGGAUAUAAAGUUGAUAGAAAAAGCACCUCAGGAUCGUGUCAGUUCUUAGGAAAUUCAUUGAUCUCUUGGUAUUCUAAAAAGCAAAAUUCAGUUGCUUUAUCUACAGCUGAAGCUGAAUACAUAGCUGCCGGUGCAUGUUGCUCUCAAAUUUUAUGGAUUGCUCAACAACUUAGAGACCUUGGAAUUGAUUUCAAAGGCAUACCAAUAAGAUGUGAUAAUACAAGUGCAAUUUGUAUUACAAAGAAUCCUGUGCAACAUUCUCGUACAAAACACAUUGAGGUACGUCACCAUUUUAUAAGGGAUCAUGUUGAAAAAGGUAAUAUUUCUUUAUCUUUUAUAUCUACUGAAAAUCAAUUAGCGGAUAUAUUUACAAAACCUUUAAGUGCUGAUCGUUUUGCUUAUAUACGUAUGGAACUUGGCAUGCUAAAUGACGUUGCAUGAAUUAAGGGGGAGU